CUUUUGAUUCGGCUUUUGCUGACGAAUAUGAUUCUAAACAAGACGUUUUUGAUCAAAUAAUUAAUACGCUUGUUCCCACACUUAUAAUUUUUUUAUUUGACAAUGAAGAAAUUAAAAAGGAUAAAGAGGAUAAAGUAGAAGAUUUGGAUGAAGUAACUUCGAAGCAUUCAGACGGGGCAAAUCCAGACGAGACAAUUUCAGACGAAUUCAAACAAUGUUUUACAAAAACUAUGAGAAAUUCGCAAUACCCAUCUGGAUUCCAAUCAUUUUGGGAGUUACAGUUGUCAUAG